UGCUCCACCUGCGGCUCCGUCGCAGCCCUAGAGCGCACUCCAUGAAUCCGUGGGCUCCUCAAGUCCCCUCUAGGCUGCCCGGGGGGAUUUCCGCAUCUCUAUUGUCGACCGAAGGCGCCCCCCCGUCAUGCCCCGCGGCCAGGCCAGCACCGCCCCAGGCGGAGACCCGCGGCUUCCGGUCUCGCGCGCUUCGAGCCCGCAGCGCCCGCGGAGGAGGGUCGCCGUCGGGUCGGCGCGCGCCCCGGCUGGGUCCCGAACCCCGGAAGAGAGACUACGCUUUCCCCUCCCUUGGGAGGCGCCGACCGCGACUCCGGCUCUGGGGCAGAGAAGCGGCAUGGAAGCCGAGGACCUCCAGGAGGAGCUGACCUGCUCCAUCUGCCUGGACUAUUUCGAGGACCCGGUGUCCAUCGAGUGCGGCCACAACUUCUGCCGCGGCUGCCUGCACCGCAGCUGGGCGCCGGGCGGCCGCCCGUUCCCCUGCCCCGAGUGCCGGCAGCUGUCGUCGCCCGCGGCCCUGCGGCCCAACUGGGCCCUGGCCCGGCUCACGGAGAAGACGCGGCGCCGCCGCCAGGGCCCGGUGCCCCCCGGCGUCUGCGGCCGUCACUGGGAGCCGCUGCGGCUCUUCUGCGAGGACGACCAGCGGCCCGUGUGCCUGGUGUGCAGGGAGUCCCAGGAGCACCAGGGCCACUCCAUGGCGCCCAUCGACGAGGCCUUCGAGAGCUACCGGAAAGAUCCCUUUGGCAUCCAUGUGGAUGAAUGGAGAAGGCCAGUUCGGCUACUGUUGCACCAUUUCAAGCAGGAAGAAAAACUCCUUAAGAUUCAAUGUAGUCUGAUGGCCAAGAUGAAGAAAGCCAUGGAUUUACAGGACGUGGAAGUGAAGAAUGCUGCAGAGUGGAAGGAGAAGCUGAAGAAUCAGCGGUUAAGAUUCAGCACAGAGUUUGCAAAGUUGCACCGCUUUCUGGCUGAAGAAGAGCAACUGUUUCUUCAGAGACUGAGCAAAGAAGAAGAAGAGGUGAAGAAGAAGGGGAAAGACAACAUGUUACGGCUCAAUCAAAUGAUCGCUUCCCUGAGGAAGCUCAUCGCAGAGGUCGGGGAGAAGAGCCAGAGCUCCACCCUGGAAUUGCUUCAGAAUCCAAAAGAUGUGUUGACCAGGAGUGAGAACCAGGAUGUGAAUUAUUCCCUUGAAGUUCUAAAGGUGAAGACUGUGUGCCGGAUACCAAUGAUGAAGGAAAUGCUGAAGCGAUUCCAAGUGGCUGUAAAUCCAGCUGAAGACACAGCUCAUCCCAAACUUAUCUUCUCCCAGGACGGGAGAUAUGUGAAAAAUGGAGCAUCAGCCAGUUCUUGGCCAUUAUUUUCGACAGCAUGGAGCUACUUUACUGGAUGGAGGAAUCCUCAGAAGCCCACACAGUUUGCAGAGAGAUUUCAGCAUUUACCCUGUGUUUUGGGAAAAAACGUUUUCGCUUCAGGGAAACAUUACUGGGAAGUUGAGAACCGAGAUAGCCUGGAGAUUGCUGUGGGGGUGUGUCGGGAGGACAUCAUGGGGAUUGUUGAUAGUUCAAAAGUGUCCCCCAAUCUGGGAAUCUGGGCUAUUUGUUGGAGUCCUGCUGGCUGUCGGCCCCUAACAAGCUUCCCUGUAAGUCCUACCAAGCAAGAGCCAGCUCUUCAACGGGUGGGAGUUUUCCUAGAUUAUGGGGCUGGGGAGGUCUCCUUCUACAAUGCUGUGGAUGGAGUGCACCUGCACACUUUUUCUUGUUCUUUUGCCUCAUGUCUCCGGCCGUUUUUUUGGUUGAGUCCAUUGGCAUCUUUAGUCAUUCCAUCAGUGACUGGUGGGAAAUGAGGCUGUUCUUUCUCUGCCCAAGAGUCUUCCUAUACCCCAGCCCAGGGACAUACAUCCCUUGGUCCUCUUCAUUCACUUCAUGCAUAUUGAUCCUGGAUAGUACAUCAAUACUAUCCAUUCAGAUCCCAAUUUCAUGAUUUGUUUACCUCCCUGGCUGUCGUAUGCACAGAUACGGCAGACCACGUUGGUUGCCUUUCCAGUAACCACUUGCCCCACCCACUUCUCUCCUUCUCUUCUGGUUCUUCCUAAUUCAGCUGUUUAGUAUGCGCCCUCCACGUGCUUCAGGAGAGGCAGUCCCAUGCAGGGGGUUUCUGGCUAACGAGAUAGGAGGAGAAGUUUCCCAAGGUGCUUCUGGGGAAAGUUCUUGUAGCUUUUAAAGAGAUGUUAGAAGUGUGUGAAGGGGAAGACGCAGCCCCUCUGAUGGUAGCUGCUCUAUUGGAAUUGAGGAAAGCACAGUAACAGUGGAAAGGAAGAAGAAACAUGGUCUUUGUUGCCAUUGUUCAGUUGCUGAAAUUUCACUAAUCCCAAGUUUCUUGUUAUAUGAGAUUAUGGCUCCCUUAUUGUAUAAGGUGAUUGUAGUUUCGUUUUCAUCACUUGCGCUCUGAAGCAUCCCAACGUGCUAUAGACUCAUAGCAUGGACAUCUCACCUUAGCGGCUUAUCUCACCUUUUCUGAAAUGUGACGAAUUUAUAGAAUCUCUUUCUAUUUAGUCACGUAAUUCCUUCUCUUUCCAGUAACUUCUGAUAUCCCUCACUUUUCUGGAUCAGAAGAUUGAGGAAAUCUUCCCUUACUCUGCCCGUGUCGUUACUCUUCUUCACCUGACCAGGUCUCUGCCCUCCUGUGUUACGCUAUCCGUUUGUCAGAUUCAUACAUUGUAUAUACAAGAUAAUUAACGUCACACUGAACACGUUGGGAGCACUUGUUAAGUUUUCACGCCUCUUCACAUAAUGCUCUCGUAUGACUCUUGGGAACAGCUAGAUGAGAUGGAAAUUAAAAUACUUUUUUGUCAAGUGAGAGAGCAUACCUUUGGAGUAACUCGCUCCGUAUUGCUCAGCUGGCAAAUGGGAGCGUUGGGACUAAAUCCAGAUCUCUCUGAGGUGAAAGCCUGCACUCUUCUCCUGUACGUUCAUUUGUGGGAUCACUUUGUGGGAUUGAUCCCACCAGUUCGGGGAUUGUGGAUCAGCUUCAUCUUUGUUUCAGGUUUUUAUUUUGAUCUGUUUUCAUCUUGUAUGCGUAUUUUCCUCACUUUCUUCUCUAGAUGGCAUGCACCCAGAGGAUUAUGGCAGUUACUGGGUAGUUAUUUUUAAAAUAAUGAUUGUUUCUCUCUGGUUAUAAAAGUCAUGUUGUACUUAUUGUAGAAAAUUUGGAACAUAAAAAAAGUGUAAAGAAAAUUAAAAUUAUCAGUAAUCCCACCUCUACAACAUUUUAGUGUAUUUCUUCCCAGACUUUCCAUAGACUUUGAAUAGACUUUCUGGCAGUGAUUUAAUGAGGCCUCUCACAAAACUUCCAGCAGCCUCCCUAAGCCCUCCUCCCCCUCCUAUGUCCCAGCUUAUCCUGGCUUGUCUUCCUGUCCAGUCUGAAUAGGAAGAAUGAACCCCCUCAUUCAGUUAUUUCUGCUGAGUCCUCCUUAACUCUUCAAGAUACUUGCUAUUAUGAGUUGAAUUGUGCCCUUCAAAAAGAUACGUUGAAGUCCUGACUGUGAAUGUGACCUUAUUUGGAAAUUAAGCUGAGGUCAUUAGGGAAGGCCCUAAUCCAGUGUGACUGGUAUCCUUUAUAGUUAACGGCAAAUUUGUACAUGCACACACACACACGGAAAUGCCCUGUGAAGAUGCUGAGGGAAGAUGGCUAUGGGAGAGAUUGACUUUAUGCUGCUAUAAGCCAAGGAAUACCCGGGGCUUCUAGAAGCUGGAAAAGGCUAGAAGCUUCUGAGGGAUCAUGUCCCUGUCACCACCUUGAUUUUGGACCUCUAGCUUCUGAAACUGUGAGACAAUUUUCUGUUGUCCAUCACCCAGUUUGUGGUACUUUGUUAUGGCAGCCCCAGGAAACUUCUACAGUUGCCCAUCAGGCCUUUCUCCAUCCCUGCCUGGUUAAUCUCCAGUCCUUGGGGAAACUCAUCCAUCCCUUUCCUUGGCUCUUCCUUCUGGGCUGUGGAACCAGGUUGACAGGUUCUGCCACGAAGUAUCUCUCUUGACUUCAAGUGGGCUCUUUGAGCUGCUUCGUAAACAAACUUUAUUUUUUUAAUCCCUUGAUUUCUUUUUAUAUCUCUGGUGGCAGUGAUUCCAAAUCUUUUCCUCUUUUCUCAAGCCUCUGUGAGCCCCGUGUCAUACUGCUGUAGGGAAGGUGAAACUUGACCUCUGCCCAUUUUAGGUUUUCAGCUGGGACUGGAACAAAAAGAUUAACAAGAGAAAAAACCAUGAUUUAUUCACACAUGCAGCACAUCAUGCAGGAGAAACCUAAAAUGAAUUGUAACUCAAAGCGGUGGCUUAGAAUUCUGGCUAACAUAGUAUCUUCAACAACAGUAAAUUUGUGGAGAAAUGCUAAAGGAAAGAAAUGACAGUUUUAGGCUGCCAAGGGUGGCAGACUGGGGACAUAAAUGUAUGUGAGGAAACUAAUGGAGAAAUGUUUGCAGAUUCCCCUGCUGCUGUCUCUGAGCUAAGAGUUUGUCUCCAGUAAAGGAGAAUGUAUAUCCUGCCUUGAGGCAGAAACCUGGGAGUUUUUUUCUGGGUUUGCUGCUUAACUGCCUUCACCUCAAAAUAGUUUUUAUGUUAAAGAGGCAUAUUUUGGGCUGACACAUUGUGGUUUCCAUCACUACUAAUUCUUGCAAAGAACUUAUUUUUUACUGAGAAAAAAAAAUGUUCUACUCUACCCUUCUUAUUUACAAUUCUUUGUUUCUUUUUUGAGUCUUGCUGUUGGCCCCUCUUAUCUCAGGUAUGGGAUGGGGCCCAGGUGUCAUAUUUAUUACAAAUAAAACAAACUCUUCUGAUGCUUCUCAUGCUGAACAGCAUUAAGAAUAAACUUGUAGUAGUUUUCAGUUUUGCUUCAGAUUUCCCUGAGUCUGUAUUAAUUUCUGAGUCUAUGAAUUUCUAUGUUAAUGUGUUAUAGGAAUCAUUAGGAGUGAUAUUCAUUAUGCAGCAUUUCUCAAGCUUAUUUCACCACAGAAAUUUUAGCUCUGGGAGCAGCAAUUAAGACUUCCCAGAAGACAGUUUGGCAAUGACUGUUUAUCCUACGCUUUCUUCAGAUCUUGACCAUCUCAGAUUUUGACCUAGACUUGCACUGCCCUGGCCCCCAAAGUUGGUGGGUACGUGCACUGGCGCUGUAAGCUGCGCACACUGUGACCCUGGUAAGGCUCUGCUAAAGUCUUUUCCCUAGAGACUAGGCUUUUGUUAUGGAAAACACUCGGCACAUUUUUUGAUGAUUUCUAUUCAUCCUCCCCUUGCCAGAGCUCUGAGGGGAUCUUUCUCAACCUUUCACUCAGAAUUUGAUGGAGUUCUUGGAGUUAAAUCCCAUGAAUAUGUGCCCCGCUCCAAUACUGCAGCUCCCAGAAGUUUCUCGCUCUUAAGCUAGUCCACACCCAACUUCUAGCACUUCAUCAAAACUACCGUUUAAGUAUUCUUAUCAGUUUGUUGUUCCAGUGGAUUUUGCUUCAGGUAAGCACAUCUCAGCUUUGACUCUGGAUUUGCCUGUCUGUCCAGAAUUGGGGUGGUAAUUUGCUGUGAAACCUUGGUUCUCUCAUGGGUCCAAGAAAAGCCAUUAAUUUCGUUUUCUCAUCUCUUUCUUAUACGGAUGUGAUUUAGGACUUCCAAAUUCUUUAUAUGUUGGAGCUGAAACUGGAAGUCUUCUAUCAUAUUAUUAAAAUAGGUUUCUUUUAGAGCUCUAUUAUGGUUAAUUUUCUGUGUCAACUUGACUCAGGGAUGCUCAGAUAGCUGAUAAAACAUUUCUGGGUGUUCUGUGAGGGUGUUUCCAGAAGAGAUUAACAUUUGAAUCAGUAGACUGAGUAAAGAAGGUCACUCUCACCAGUGUGGGUAGACAUUGUCCAAUCCGUUGAGAGCCUGGAUAGAAGAAAAAUGCAGAGGAAGGGCAAAUUUGUUCUUUGCUUGACCUGGGACAUCCAUCAUCUCCUGUCCUUGGACGUUGGUGCUCCUGGUUCUUGGGCCUUCAGACUCGGACUGGGACUCAUACCAUUGGCCCUUGAUUCUUGGGACUUUGGGCCCCCACUGGAACUUACGCCAUUAGCACCCUGGUUCUCAGGCCUUUGGACUUGGACUGAAUUACACCAGCUUUCCUGUUUCUCCAGCUUGCAGACAGCAGACUGUGGAACUUCUUGGCCUCCCGUGAUCACAUGAGCCAAUGGUCAAUGUUCCCUCCUGUUGGUUCUGUUUCUCUGGAGAACCCUGACUAAUACAAGCUUAUGUAGUUGGGUCUUGCAUUUUUUAAUCCAGUCUGUCAAUUCUUAACUGUUAUUUUUAAGCCAUUCUACUUUAGAGUUAUUGCUUGUAUAGUUGUAUUAAAAUAUACUCUUAGCUGUUUUCUGUUAGUUUCAUUUCUUCUGUUUCUUUUUUCCUUUUUCUGCCUUUUCUAGUUUUAUUGAGCACUUUAAAAAUAAAAUUCAUUUUGUCUCCUCUA